AUGGCUCAACCUCAACCCGCUUCGGCGGGUGAAUCCUCCAUGUCCAUCGGGCCAUCGCCGCCGCCUCAACCAAAUUUGGACCCGAGCCGGACUUAUGCCAGAGACCAGCCGGCUAACUUGCGCGAAGCCUUCACGAGCUUCUACCCCAAUGGCCUACCCAACUUCUACAAAAUGCUGCAGACACCUGGUCCUGAGGGCGUUGUUCAAACGUACGUCGAAGACUACCUCCCUAUGGGAUUUUACAGCAACCCUCCAGUCGGGGCAAAAGCCGUCUUCUCUACCUGUAAUGGAUCGACCCCUUUUCAUUUCAUGGAGCAUCUACUGCCUCAGCGCCGCGUUCACCUUUGGUCAGGAGAUGAAGUUCAAUCUGCUUGCAACUCACUUCGUAAGCUCUACUGGAAAAUCAUAAAAGACAUGCCGCGUCCAGACUGCUGGGAUAGCUUGUGGGACUAUUUUGAUGCCCAAGACAUUUACAAUCACGGAGCUUUGAACCUCUGGAAUGUGGUUAGUCAACUGUUUGCCGAGAACCAGUCUAUCGCCCUCGACGUCCAUAAUGCUUUUUCCAUCGAAGUUGGCCAAUGGGUUGACCACUGGCUGUAUGACGACGAAAACCGCGACAAACUCAUCAAGAGCAAUGAAACUGGUCUUUCUAUCAAUGGUGUCAUCGGCUGGGAAGCUAUGAAAGGCCUUCCGGAUGAUGCCAUCCAUCUUUUUGCAAGUGCCCUUGCGCAUCGACGAUCUCUGUUACUAUCGCCCGAGAAAUUGAGGCCAGGUGCAAUGAAACCUAAUCCCCUCAAGGAGUUUUAUGAAAAGGGGCGCCUCGAAAACUGGCUAGCGGGCCAACGCGUCCUCGGACCUUCGGGCCUGUCUACAAGGCCAACAGAAUGGCAGCCUCACCAUUCCUUCCCUGCUUCAGAGAACGUCACUCACCCUAUCAUGGUGCUUGAUGGCAAACACUACUUUAGACAGCCUGGAUACCGUGAGCCCAGUGCGGUAGAGGCGCUCCACCAAUCCGCAGCAGCAGCAGGGCCUUCCGUUCACGGCAACAGCGAAACAACCUCAAUCGAACACAAGCAGGCCAACAACACGAUAUCUCACGGCGGUCUCCAGGUAAAUGCUCAGGCCAGAAGUAAAUCCGCAGAGCCUUUCUCUUCAGUCCGAACACCAUCUCCUCACACUAAUGGUAAAGGAAAUGACGUUUCGUCUUCCAACGGACACCACGAACAGGAGGAGCAGGAGGACUUUGAUGCAAUGACCCCCACAAGAGCCAAAAGGCAUGGCCGCAAAAAUCCCCGGACCACACGAGGACCUCGAAAAUCCACAGUGACAACAUCAUUGCCAGGCUCAGCAGUUAUGCGUAACUCAGGUCUUACUAGUCCUACAAAAGAUGUUGCAAAUGCCAAACAUGGCACAAACCAGAGGCCUCCGACCGAUAGCCAGAAGGCUGGUUAG